AUUGUUUACUAGAGCUCAUACAUCUCCUCCUGUGUUAUAGUCAUUUCUAUCUUCUUUGAAGGAAUCCAAUAUCUCUGCUGUUUAUCAUGGCACACCAAGCGUAUGCCCUCCCGUGGCAAACCCUCGCUGACAACUUCAAAUUCGUCCAUGCGAAUGCGAGCUACGGACGCAAGACGAAUCUAUAUCCUCGUGGUAAACCUGGCCAAGGAGGGCAGCUCCAGUAUUUCGCGAAAUCCUUCGCGCGUGUGAUGGACGAAUACUCGUCCAUAGAACGAAAGAAAUACCCUGCAGAAUGUCCCCCACCAGAAUGGAACGGCGAGAUAAUAAUCUCCGACGCGAUAAUGAGCAAAAUUCAGAACGUCGUUUUGGAAUACACGAAGCAGUUUUUGGCGUUGGCGGGAUAUGAGGGCCGGGAUCCCAUGUCCUUUGUGGACAGGACGAUAUAUUCGUGCAUCGAUGUUUCGACUGAUACUGGUUGUCAACCCUUCGAUGAGCUCUACGAGACAGAUGAGCUGCUCCGAACGCUGAUUUUGUAUGGGGAAAUGGAACCACUAUUCCGCAUCGCGGCUCAUCCUCAAGUGAAUCUUGUCAAAAUGUGGACGGAUAUGGGAGGCUAUGGCGACUUAGCCGGCCGGGGCAUCUCUCAAUUGAAAGAGGCAGCCCUUCUAGCAUAUGUCUGUUUGAACGUGUUCUAUCUCAAGCCAGAGCUCUACGACCCUACAAUGCGGAGACAAAUGCUCAAGGAGAAGUCUAAAAGACACGCACAAACGUUGCCAUUAGAAGUAUACGAACAAGAAGUGUACGACUACCGCCUAACAACAGCAUACCAACAGAUGCUGGUUUUUUGCACCGGGACCGGAGGUACCUAUCCUCACCAAGGCGCCCACAAGAUCCCGCACCGCGAGUUCUACGGCGUCCCGUUCGGGAUGUACAAUGCUUCGUACAUUCCCUGGAACAUUGUUACACCCAGAUACCACUUCAAUCAUUUUGGAACGGUGCCCCUCAGGGACUUGGUUGACAAGAAAUUUCCGCAGAAAUACGUCCCUAGCAAAAACGACAUUCCAGUCGUUCACAAAAUCUUCCGGAAACUCCCCACAGAAAUCGUCCUAAUGAUUCUUGAGUUCGCAGACUACACUCCUAAAGGUCGUCUUAAUGCUCACGCUGACCCUCUUCACAUCGACAAUGCCUCGGAGCUGAAGAAGUAUCUUGCCUACUGCUGGAAGUUGCUCGUAAGGGUAGAUAUGCUUAUGAAAGCAAAUGGGACCCUAUUAGACUGGGAGUACGAGGUUGCAGAGGUGAUCCAUAAGCUGUUCGGUGUGCCCUAUCCGCCGAUGUCGAAACUUGUCGAGAGGGAGGAGGAAGAGUGGACUAAGUUUGAUGGUGAAAGGUAUAAUAUGCGUGGUUGGAUCUUCUCAUACUACAAGAAGAGGGUGUUUACAUGA